GGUUCUUUUAAAAGAUUCGAGUCAAACGGACAUCGCUAGUGUAAAUGUCAGUGCACCACUGCUCUACACGUUGCAGCACAUCAUGAGCAGAAAGUUAGGGAAGUUUAAGUAUUUUGAAUGUGAUACUUGCCCAGAAUCAUAAUGCACUGUAUAUUUUGACAUUUAAGGUAGCAGUAAUACGUCGCUAAUUCAUAAUCAGGCUCUAAUUAGACAGUGACAUCCUGCUGCAUUAAAUGAAUCUGAUCACCUCCUCAUGUCUGCUGCUUCUGCGAUCAGUUUCACGCAAUAUCCAUCGGAGGAAUAUACACCCACUUAUCUCGCGUCUUUACACUGAGGGAUCCUCUCAGACUACAGCAGAGCUGUCUAAAGCCCAACUACAGAAACUAAGAGAUCAAGAGCAGCGUUUCAAAAGAAGAUUGCAUUCGGUUCAUAGGAAGUUUGCAGAUGUACCAGAAAAUUCUGAGUUCCAGGGACAGCAUCAUGUAUACUUUGAAGAUGGCAAAGGGAUUUACAGAUCGACCUUGGGACACGAUGAACAGGAGAUGUUGGAGGUGUUCAAUGCAGAUUGGGGAGGAGGUGGAUAUGGAACCAUCCAGAGGGUCAGACUCUCUCCCUCAGAGACCAUGCUGGCCGUCACUGUAAAGAAAGACCACCAUGAGGAGACCAGAUGCGUGUUGGUUCAUUUAGGUGGUCUCAUCCUUCAUCAAAAGGCCCUGUUAGUUUUAGACAAUGUGCUCAGCUUUGAAUGGGCCACAGAUGACGUCUUCUUCUACAGCACACAGGAGACUCUUCGGUGCCUAUGUGUUUUCCGUAUUCAUCUCAGUGAUUCUGGUGUCCAAAAUACCCUUGUUUAUGAAGAAAAGGAUCCAGAGUUCUUUGUGGAGGUCAGUUGUUCCAGAGACCAUAGGCUGGUGACCAUUAACUGCAGCAGUAAGAUCAGCUCUGAGGUGUGGUUUGUUGACAGCAAGACUCCGCUCUCAUUCCCCACCCUCAUCCAGUCCCGUCAGCCUGGACUGCUUUACCACGUGGAGCACUCGGACAACUGCCUGUUCAUCCUGGCUAACACUGGAGCAAACCAGGAGUAUCAGCUGCUAAGGGCACCUUUAGACUCUCCAUCCAUGCCACUCUGGGUGCCAUUGUUGAGUGCUGUUCCAGGAACAGUCAUUAAAGAUAUGGAGCUGCUUCAGGAUCACUGUGUGUUUACAGUGAAAGAUUCACAGUGUCGACUUCAGAUCCAGACUCUUUCCACACAAGAGCCUUAUCAGUUAAACACUCACAAGCUUCCUCACUGGGCCUGUGAUUUAUCACCGCAGCGUGUUGGAACUGUGGACAGAGGGUCAUUUGGUUUCCUGCUGUCCUCCCCAGUGCACCCACCUGUACACUACCUCUAUUCCUCCAGAGAACAAAAGCUCUCCGUAACAGAGGACAACACCAAGUACAUGUCCCUCACUGAGUUUAACACAACACGCCUGCAGGCAGCCAGUCAGGAUGGUACAAUAGUGCCUUUGACUCUCCUCCACAUGCCAGCAUUAUCUGAGCUGCAUAAGUCUCCACUGCUCCUGCAUGUAUAUGGAGCUUAUGGUGUUGAUCUCAAUAUGGCCUUCAGUCCUGAGAAGAGACUGCUGCUGGAGGACGGCUGGGCUCUGGCCUACUGCCACGUCAGGGGUGGUGGUGAGCGUGGUCUAGCGUGGCAUCGAGCGGGUUCUGUGCUACAGAAGUGGAGGGGAGUGGAAGAUCUUGCAGCUUGCAUUCAGACUCUUCAUCACUUGGGAGUGUCUCACCCUGCUCUUACCGGCCUCACUGCACGCAGUGCUGGAGCUGUCCUAGCGGGGGCGCUGUGCAACCAUAACCCACAGCUUCUUAGAGCUGUAAUUCUACAGGCACCUUUUCUGGAUGUUCUUGGCACAAUGCAAGACCCUUCCCUGCCGCUUACUGUAGAGGAGAGAGGGGAGUGGGGAGACCCCCGUAUAAGAGAACACAGGGACAACAUUGCCUCUUACUGUCCCUGUCACAACAUUAUACCUCAGCUUUACCCAUCCAUGCUGAUCACUGCGUACUCAGAGGACCGUAGAGUUCCUUUAUCUGGGGUCAUGAAGUAUGUGGAAAGACUAAAGAAGGCCAUCCAAAUGUAUACCACUCGGGUCGGUGUUAACGCAGCACGUGUCCCAGCUGUCAUCCUGGACCUGCAGCCAGGAGGGGAUCACUUUGGCCCUGAGGAUUUUCAUCUGUCCUUAAAUGAGAGUGCCCAACAGUUAGCCUUUCUUUACACAGAACUUGGACUAGACCACCCAAAAACUCGACGGAGACGAAAAGAACAGUCAAAUAAUCUGACUGGCAAGUCUCAUAAACCAUGAAAUUAAAUUGUAUGUGUGGAUG